GUGAUCUGGGGUUGAACGAUUGCAGCGCCAGAGUUCCGUCUAGCAGUUAUUGUAGAAAACUAAAAUAUCCUGCACCUGCCCGGUGUACAUGUGGCAAACCUGGAGCAUGCCUACAGCAAAAAACGCUGUAGCUGCUGUACUUGGUUUUAAUGGCCAAGGCAGCUCGAAACGAACGCGGAACAAGCGGUCGCUGUGCUCGCUUGUUUCGCGUUUUCGUAUACUUUCUUUACUUUCUGAUGUAUCAAGUGCAGUUGCAUUUAUUUUUCUUGCUGUCGAGCAUACGUUCACGUGCUUAUUAGCGGCGAAGACGACUGGUAAGGUCUGGGAUGGCUCGGUCAGAUUCGCAGCGCACGGUCCGACCCUUAGGCAUCAGGGAAUGGCCGUACACGACGGCUUCGGAGGCUGGCCUGAUCGAUACGCAUUGCCACCUGGACUUCGUCUUUACCAAAACGGGCCACACGAAGUCGUUCACACACUUCCGUCUCGCCCGCCGCGACACGUUCCCCUACUGUUACGAAGGGUGCGUGGCAAACUUUAGCGAGCCAGAAACGUUCGAGCAGCGCGACAACUGGAAGCGUGUGCUCUCGGACGAAAGUGUGUGGGGCGCCUUCGGGUGCCACCCUCGCAGGGCGCGCGAUUACACCGACGAGGUGGAGAAGCACCUGGUACGCGCCCUCGACCACAGCAGCGUGGUAGCCCUUGGCGAGAUUGGGCUCGACUACUCCAUCUUGUCCGGAGACGACCGCGACAACCUGAAGGAGACGCAGCAGACGGUGUUUCGCAGGCAGCUCGCGGUGGCCAGGCGUCGACGCCUUCCCCUGGUGAUUCACUCCCGGGAUGCUACCGCGGACACUAUCCGUAUUCUCAAGGAGAUGGUCCCAGCAGACUACCCGAUGCACCGGCACUGCUUUACGCGCGACUGGGAGGAGGCAAAGUGCUGGCUGGACACCUUUCCGCGGCUGUGCCUGGGCAUCACGCCACUGCUCGGUUUCUCGGGAGUCGAGCCGCUGGUCGAGGCCGCGCAACGAAUUCCGCUGGACCGUCUGCUACUCGAGACGGACGCGCCGUUCUUCCUGCCCAAGCGGGAAUGGCAGAGGCUCACCUGCUCGCACCCGGGAAUGGUCAUUCACGUCGCGACUAAACUGUCGGCCAUCCGCGACAUCUCUGUCAACGAAGUGAUCACCGCGGUACGGGAGAACACGCGACGCAUUUACCGCAUCUGAUGUAGUACAAGACGCCGCAGAGAUGAGACUGCGACCUGGCCCGUCAUCUCGUCGUUCCCCGUUCCAGGUCCAUCGCCACAGACCUUACCAGGUGCUGUUCUGUGUCUGUGUGUGUUGUGGCAGUUCCGUGACGCGUUUGGCGCCUGGUAUAGAGCCGAGAACGGCAGCAGACGUACAGUGGGGAAGGUGCUGCAUAGCUUAGGCACGGUGACCGAGUGGCGUCAAGAAUUCAAGUAAUUAAUCUAAAACACGGUGUGUGGUUCUUUAAGUGCUCAGCAGCUUUAACCACUGUACUCCGGUCGUUGUCCGGAAAGACACUCGCGGUCUCGACCGGAUUUUGUAACACAGUUUCUAUCACACUUGACAAGAGUUUAUUCUCAGGACGUGGUCAUUAAACCGAAACGAGUUCUGUUUUA